UCUGGCGGGCUCCGCUGAGAUCCACUGUUCGGUGUUCGACUCGCCCGUGCUGCUGCUGCCGCCGAAGGAGGGGCGAAGCUCAAGAUGGCGGACAAAACGCCAGGCGGAUCUCAGAAGGCCAGUUCGAAGACUAGAUCAUCAGAUGUUCAUUCAUCUGGAUCUUCAGAUGCACAUAUGGAUGCAUCUGGACCUUCAGAUAGUGAUAUGCCAAGUCGGACACGACCUAAGAGCCCAAGAAAACAUAAUUAUAGGAAUGAAAAUACCCGUGAAAACCUUUGUGAUUCUCCUCAUCAGAAUCUUUCAAGACCUCUUCUGGAAAACAAACUUAAAGCAUUCAGUAUUGGAAAAAUGAGUACAGCUAAACGAACACUAAGUAAGAAGGAACAGGAGGAGUUAAAGAAAAAGGAAGAUGAAAAGGCAGCUGCUGAGAUUUAUGAGGAAUUUCUUGCUGCUUUUGAAGGAAGUGAUGGUAAUAAAGUAAAAACUUUUGUGAGAGGAGGUGUUGUUAAUGCAGCUAAAGAAGAACAUGAAACAGAUGAAAAAAGAGGUAAAAUCUAUAAGCCGUCUUCAAGAUUUGCAGAUCAAAAAAAUCCUCCAAAUCAGUCAUCCAAUGAAAGACCACCAUCUCUUCUGGUGAUAGAAACCAAAAAACCUCCAUUGAAGAAAGGAGAGAAGGAAAAGAAAAAAAGCAAUUUGGAACUCUUCAAAGAAGAAUUAAAACAAAUUCAAGAAGAGCGUGAUGAGAGACAUAAAACAAAAGGCAGGUUAAGUCGAUUUGAACCUCCUCAGUCAGAUUCUGAUGGUCAGCGUCGUUCUAUGGAUGCACCUUCAAGAAGAAAUAGAUCAUCCGGUGUUCUAGAUGAUUAUGCACCUGGCUCACAUGAUGUAGGAGAUCCAAGUACUACUAAUUUAUACCUUGGAAACAUUAAUCCACAGAUGAAUGAAGAAAUGCUGUGCCAAGAAUUUGGAAGAUUUGGGCCAUUGGCUAGUGUGAAAAUUAUGUGGCCUAGAACUGAUGAAGAAAGAGCGAGAGAGAGAAAUUGUGGCUUUGUCGCCUUUAUGAAUAGACGAGAUGCUGAAAGAGCUUUAAAAAAUUUAAAUGGAAAAAUGAUUAUGUCUUUUGAAAUGAAGUUAGGUUGGGGUAAAGCCGUACCGAUUCCUCCACAUCCAAUAUACAUUCCUCCUUCUAUGAUGGAACAUACGCUUCCUCCACCUCCAUCCGGACUGCCUUUUAAUGCGCAGCCUAGAGAGCGGUUAAAAAACCCCAAUGCUCCCAUGUUACCACCGCCUAAAAACAAGGAGGAUUUUGAGAAGACUCUGUCGCAAGCCAUAGUCAAAGUGGUUAUCCCAACAGAAAGGAAUUUGCUCGCCCUGAUACAUCGAAUGAUAGAGUUUGUUGUACGUGAAGGGCCGAUGUUUGAAGCUAUGAUUAUGAACAGAGAAAUCAACAAUCCUAUGUUCAGGUUCUUAUUUGAAAACCAGACACCAGCCCAUGUUUACUACAGGUGGAAGCUUUAUUCUAUUCUGCAAGGAGAUUCUCCAACUAAAUGGCGGACAGAGGAUUUUCGUAUGUUCAAAAAUGGAUCUUUUUGGAGGCCACCACCGUUAAAUCCAUACCUUCAUGGAAUGUCAGAAGAACAGGAAACAGAAGCUUUUGUAGAGGAGCCUAGUAAAAAAGGAGCACUUAAGGAAGAACAGAGGGACAAAUUAGAAGAAAUCUUGCGAGGAUUGACUCCAAGGAAAAAUGAUAUUGGAGAUGCAAUGGUUUUCUGUCUUAAUAAUGCUGAAGCAGCUGAAGAAAUAGUAGAUUGUAUUACUGAGUCAUUGUCCAUCUUAAAGACACCUCUUCCUAAAAAGAUUGCCAGGUUAUAUUUGGUUUCUGAUGUUUUGUACAACUCUUCAGCCAAAGUUGCCAAUGCUUCAUAUUAUAGAAAAUUUUUUGAAACAAAGUUAUGUCAAAUAUUUUCUGACCUCAAUGCUACCUAUCGUACAAUUCAAGGCCAUUUACAAUCUGAAAAUUUUAAGCAACGGGUAAUGACCUGCUUCAGAGCCUGGGAAGAUUGGGCAAUUUAUCCAGAACCAUUUUUGAUCAAACUACAAAAUAUUUUCUUAGGACUUGUAAAUAUUAUUGAAGAAAAGGAAACAGAGGAUGUACCAGAUGAUCUCGAUGGUGCGCCCAUUGAGGAAGAGCUUGAUGGUGCACCUCUGGAGGAUGUGGAUGGAAUUCCCAUUGACGCUACUCCCAUUGAUGAUCUCGAUGGAGUUCCUAUAAAAAGUCUUGAUGAUGAUCUGGAUGGAGUGCCUUUGGAUGCAACUGAAGACUCAAAGAAGAAUGAGCCUAUAUUUAAAGUUGCUCCAUCAAAAUGGGAAGCUGUAGAUGAAUCUGAAUUGGAAGCACAGGCUGUAACAACUUCUAAGUGGGAGUUAUUUGACCAGCAUGAAGAAUCAGAAGAAGAAGAAAAUCAAAAUCAAGAAGAAGAAAGUGAAGAUGAAGAAGAUACUCAAAGUUCUAAAUCUGAAGAACAUCAUUUAUACUCUAAUCCAAUUAAAGAAGAAAUGACUGAGUCCAAGUUCUCUAAGUAUUCAGAAAUGAGUGAGGAAAAACGAGCAAAACUUCGUGAAAUUGAGCUCAAAGUUAUGAAGUUUCAGGAUGAAUUGGAAUCUGGAAAAAGACCUAAAAAACCAGGCCAAAGUUUCCAAGAGCAAGUUGAACACUACAGAGAUAAACUUCUUCAACGAGAAAAAGAGAAAGAAUUAGAAAGAGAACGAGAAAGAGAUAAGAAAGAUAAAGAAAAAUUGGAAUCUCGAUCAAAAGACAAGAAGGAGAAAGAUGAGUGUACUCCAACAAGAAAGGAAAGGAAAAGACGGCACAGUACAUCCCCCAGCCCAUCUCGUAGUAGCAGUGGUAGACGAGUGAAAUCACCAUCACCAAAAUCGGAGCGAUCAGAGCGUUCAGAAAGAUCUCAUAAAGAAAGCUCACGGUCCAGGUCAUCUCAUAAAGAUUCUCCUAGAGAUGUUAGCAAAAAAGCCAAAAGAUCACCGUCUGGUUCAAGGACGCCUAAGAGGUCUAGGCGGUCACGGUCUAGAUCCCCUAAAAAAUCAGGGAAGAAAUCCAGAUCCCAGUCUAGAUCACCACACAGGUCUCAUAAAAAGUCAAAGAAAAACAAACACUGACAUCCAUUUUUAAGAUGCUGUCUCUUAUUGGAAAUGCGAUUUUGUUUGUGCCUGAUGGUAUGUUUUUUAAAAAAACAAAACCAAAAAAAUCAAAUGAAAGAGCAUUCCUGGUUUUUUUGUUUGUUUGUUGGUGAAUGCAUGUGUAAACUCAUGAGUAACUGCAUCUGUAGACCUGUCAUUGUUUUAUAUUGUAUAAAUUACUUUCAUUGUGGCUGUUUCUCAAGAUGAAAUUUUUACUGUGUUAAUGAAUUUCAUCAGAAAUGUGUAUAAUGGAUCUGCUGGCAGUAGUAGUAUUUUGUUUUAGGAUAUUGUGACUUAGCAAAGAUAAUACAGAUGUCUUUCCCCCUUUUGUAGCUUUGACAGUUUGAAUUAGAUUUCAAAUAAAAUCUGAACAGAAAACUAUAAUGUUGUUGUUUUGCCCAGUUGAUGAUAAAAGUCCCUUGAAGUCCUACUAAGUGAAUUUGAUGUUACUGUUAUGUUUCUUAUAAUGCACUUUAUAAUCUCCAAUGUUUAAGUAGCUAAAGUUUUAUAUUUACAAAAAUGACUAUUGAAAUUAAGGGACCUGAGAUUCCUACUUGGUAGAUUUGGUAAUCAAUUUCUUCGAAAAUGUUUUCUUGGAUAAUACCAGUAUUUAGAGAUCAAAAGACUUAAGUGGAUGUGGCGUGGUGUUUUGUUCAUAGAAUGCAUCUAAAACAUUUUUUUCCCCAAGAAGCAAUAUGGUUUCAAUAUACUUUACCCAUGUCCUGAGUAACUACUUAUUUUUAGGAGAAAAAUCUCUAUCUUUUGACUUUAUCAUGAAAGAAGUUUAUUUAUAAAAAAAACUUUUCUAACAAGAUUUAGCCGUCAAAUUCUUUUAUAUGAUAGCUGCUCUUUUAUAAUGUUCUGUAGACUGUUUCAAACACUGGUAUCAGAAUAUUUCUACAAAUUUAUGUUUAGAACACCUUUUUUUAAAAAAUAUGGUUUUAGGUCUAGUUUCAAGUAAAGUUAAAAAAUAAAAUGGUUUUUAGGAAAUUUAACAUCAGAUGGUUUGUAAAUUUAGGUACAGAAAGUUGAUAUGGACCAUUUACAGAGUUGAAUUCUAUUAUGAGAAUAAAAUUGCUGCAGUCUGAGGAAACGAGGAAACUUGUGUAAUGUUGAUAAUAUUGCUAUAAAUAUAAUAAAGGGUUGCAGAGAAUUGAACUGACACUAUUUGUCAAUCUUUUAGUUUUUCAUUUAGGCCCUUCAUGUUUUUCCCCCUCUAGUAGAGAAAGUAGAAAACUAUUUUAAUAACAGAUUGUUUUGAUUUCCCUUGCUUAAAUAUCUUUUCAACUUGUUUUACUUAACCUUGUCUAAUCAGAAAAUAAGAUAUUAUGUACAUAUGAUUUGAGAAAUAGCUAUAUUAAUUGAGCAGUGUGGCAUGCUACUUCCUAACUGGGCAAAUGUAUAGUAGCUUUGGAAAUUAGCCAGUCAUCUUAUCUUACAUAAUGCUUCUUAGAAGCAAGUAUUGUUUGGAAGUUAUUCCCUUAUCAUUCACUCUUUUGUUUAUCUAUUUUGUUAGGAAAUGUUAAUUCCUAAAAGUUGCCCAGAAUAACUAAUGUGAACAUUCGGUGCUAAUGUUUUGAAACCUAGAAUUGUGGUCAUUUAAAAAAAUAUGUUUUUCUCUACUGCUCAUUGCCAGGAAUCUACCUUUCUUUGCAGUAAUAAUAGUAUUGAAUUGCUGGUGAUUUUGGCAUUGCCAAUUCACUAGUAUCUUGUAUAGUCUUAGAAAUAAUUGGCCAAGUAAUAAUUUUUUUCUAGUCAAGUUACAAGGAAUGUUUAUAUCUUUUUCUCUUUAAAAAAAAAUUAUCCCAGAGCAGGAGGAAGUAAAAACUAUUAGGUUGAUUUUUGGGUGCUUUUUAUAGUACUGUAUUUUUCCUACUGUAUUGGAAGGGAGCAGUUUUCUUUAUCUGGUUCAUAUAUAACUGUUGUAGGUUAUAUUACCUUGGAUAGAACUGGCUUCUUUGUAGGUGAGUGGGGAUUGCUUAGGCCAAAAAAAUAAUAUAUUCUGUUAGAUUUGUUAAUGUAAGUAUUUGAUUUUGUUUUCCUGAAUUACAAUAGCAUUGUUUGAUUUUUUUUCCAGUUUUAUGAUGAGGAAGCAUGUAGAGUAAGUUAAUUCCCCAUAGAUGCUAUGGAAGUUUUUAUGGGAUCAGAAAUUGGUGAUUGUAAGGAAGAAGAUAUUGUACCAUAUUUUUACAAUAGUUUAUUAAUUAUUUCUUAUCUAAAGAACAUUCUUACAUAAGAUAAUUACUAGCUAACCAAAAUGUUUAUGGUCUUCUAGUUAUAGGAGAAAGACUGUUCUAGCUGUGUAAGAAAUGUUUAUUGUCCUUUACCACCACUACACAUAAGAGAAAAUCUUCCAUUGUGUACCCUUAUAAAGAAUGUAGUUUAAAUUCUUUACUUUCUAGCCUGGCAUUUAUACACAGGGAUUCUUACCAGGUUGAUGCCAUUUAAACUUGGCCUCUCUUCUACACGUGAGAGUUAAGUGUUGGUCUUUUUUUUUUUUAACAGCCAGAGAUCUGUAAUUGGAAAAAAUCAUGUUGGUUAAUCUUUUCUUUGAUACUGUAUAUUUUAAGACUUUUAGUAAGCAUAUGGGAAUCUCUGAACUGUAGCAUGUUGAAAAGUUAAGAUAUUAAAGAACUAACACAAAACAAAAAGCCCUGGUCCAAAAGAAUGCUUUUAUUUGGUUCAGAAUGUUCUUGGCUUUUCUGCUAAAGUUUACAGAAAUUAUACUGACCUAAUUUUUCUUUAUUGUACACCAUUUUAUAUGCUUCCCUGAGACUUUUUCCCCCAGUUAAAGAAUCUUGAAGGAAAUAUUUAUAAUUUAUGUAUUCCCCCAAACUUUGAUAUUCUUGAGUACUUGAAAAGAGAUUUUGAUCAGGAUCAUUUUAUUAGAAAUAUUCUGUAUACACUUACCUUCAUGGUGUUAUAAGUUCUGAAAAGUUAUAUGGCUAUGAUAGUAACGUUAUUUUUAAAAAGUAAAUAUAAAUUUAUGGCUAAAAAUGACCUAAAGUAGAUGACCGCAACAGUGAUUUCUUUAGCUGAGAAAAUUGUUUUUGAAAAUAAUUAGUAAUCACCUGAGACUGUGUAUUUGAAAAAUAAACUUUUUUGUUUUUCUCUUGUAAUAUAUUUAAAUGGAAAAGCUAAUUAUAGAAGAUUCAGUGCAGAUACUAGUGAAGACACUAGUUUAAAGGAACAUGUGAAAUGGAAAUCUCACAUUUGCAAAUUGCUUUGUCUUUUAUUUCACAUGCAUGUUUUGGAAUAGAUUUAAAAGAGUGCUUAUCCUUUUAGCUUCUAUUUUUGUUAGCAUCUUCCUGGGACUUAGUUCACGAGUGCAAAUCCCAGGGUAAGUGCUGUGAUUAGAGGCUGAAAGGUGGGAAUAUGCUACUGUCAGAGUGAGCCUUCUCCAACUUGAAAAUUCAAGUCUCGGUGUUUACGCAAUACCACCUCACAGAACUUCAGUGUAAAUGGAUUAUAUGUAUAAGUGGUAAUAUGUAUAGUUUUGCCGAUCUAUAGAUACAAAUGCCUUCACUCAUUUUCACAUGUAAUUGCUUGGAGUAUUUGUGUUUUAUCGUUUUAAUUCUACAGACUUUUGUGUGUUAUAUCUCUGCUAACUUGAAAUAUCAGAAGACAUUUUUUAGAAAAUAAUAUAGUUGAAAUCAGCUCAAAUACUCUACAGUAAGACAAUUUCUUUUGGGUGAACUAAUUCCAUAACUUAGUUUAAUGUAAGGAUUAGGUUCAUUGUGGAGCUGCU